AUGGCAGACCAGCGUCCUCAGUAUUCGACCCCAUCCAUGGAUGCUUCCGAUCACACCCAUAACACAAAAACACAGGGUUCCAAACGCAAGAGAGUAUCUGUUGCGUGUCGAUCCUGUAGGAUCCGCAAGUCUCGUUGCGAUGGCGCACGACCAUGUUCGACAUGCGAAGAUAUGGACGCGGAGUGCAGAUAUGAGCAGUCGUACAACCAGCCUGUAGCAAUAAAUAACCCUGACAGCAGUGAGCGGGAAGAGGGGGGUCUACUCGAGCAGCGGGUACAGGCGAUAGAAAAAAGGUUGCGGCUUUCUGGCUUAAACGAGAAAUUCGAUAGCCAUGGAGUCCACACAGCUACCACUCCCGAAACACAGGAGAACCACGAACCCCGAAGUAGUCCGGGAGUGAAAGGCCCGUUGGAUCAAGACGAUGAAGUGGAUGGUAUGGGCGCCGUGGCACUCAAAGAUGGGGCUGACGAAGAAGAAUACUUCGGUAAAGUUCAAUUUAUCCCCGCAUUAUUUUAUGGGACCCUGUCUAAAGUUUUAAAAGGCGCUUCAUCUAAUGUGGCUUUCUUGCGCCUCAUUAUCCAUGCCGUUGGCCAUCCAGUUAACUCGGCCGACAAUUUACCUCUCUCAAACACAGUCGUUUCCACCGAUGGACAAUCGAACGAUAACCGCUUCGAUGCAUUCCUGAGAAGACCAUCGGGUAUCAGCAGUCUACCUGAAAGUAAGGGAAGAGUUCGCAUCGAUCCCUUCGCGCUUCCCCCUCAAAUGGAAGCAGACGCCUUGUUGCAUUUGUUCUUCACCACCGUCAAUCUGAUGCUUCCUUGCAUCCAUGAAGACUCGUUUCGAGACAUGUAUAAGAAGCUGCAGGUUGACGGGACUCGGGGUGUUCGGAGAUCCUGGCUAGGCAGUCUAAAUGUCGUGUUCGCUCUCGCCACAAAUGUGAUGACGGCGACUUCACCGAAUAUUGAAAGGGCUACGAGAUCCAUGCAAUUAUUCCUUUUGAUGGAGACGUACCUCGAAGGAACUACGUCUUCAUCACUUGCCUGGACCUUACAUGGCCUAGCUGUGAAAGGAGCAUACCAGCUUGGUCUUCAUGUCAUGAAUUUGAAGAGCAUCUCGCAAACCGAUCGGGAAGUGCGCAGGAGGUCAUGGUAUUGGUGUGUUAUGAAUGAUCGGUAUGUGUCUGUAAUUUCGUAUAUGGUGAAGUGUACUGAUGAUGAAAAGAUUCCUGAGCACGACUUACGGACGGCCCCCUUUGAUUCCCUUAUCUCAUGUGAGACUUGA